AUGGUAUGGAAAACCAGCCUGGUCCAGACACCAUGGCAAGAGCCUCCUCGAGUUGUAGUUGACGACGGCUACCAAGGCUAUAUUGGAGCAGCAAUGGUCAUCCCGGCAUUAGGAAAGCAAAAGAUAGAGUGCAUCGGUACAGAAGACACAUCAACAGUGUAUGCAGCAGAGGCAUGUGGUAUUAAAUUCGCACUCCAAAUAGUGCUUUGGCUUGCCGAGGAGAGUGUACGGCUGAUAGUAAGGAAGCCAGUGAUAUUCUCAGACAGCCAGGCAGUACUUCAAACCCUCCAGAACCCACGAAUGGUCUCUGGUCAGGUGUACAUACGCGACUGUGUGGAACUACUCAAGGAAUGUAUAGAGGAGGGAAUCAACGUGGAGAUACGGUGGAUUCCAGGACACGAAGGAGUACCAGGGAACGAGACAGCAGACCGAGCAGCCAAGCGAGCGGCGUUCGUAGGAGCCCGACAUCAAGUCGUACCUAGAGAUAUCAAGAAUUGGACCAUGCUUGCAGCGGCAGCUAAACGCAGGGUCUGUCAAUCAGCCAAGAAUGCAUGGGAGAGAUCGUGGGACAAGCAAAAGGCAGGGAAACCCACUAAGAAGCUGGUCACCAAGCCUUCCUGGCAAACACUUGCGUAUUGGAACUACCUCCGGAAGGCCACGUCGUCAAUCCUCAUACAACUUCGUACGGAGCGCGUUGGGCUGGCUCACUACCUGUGGCGCAUCAAUCGACAUGACCGACUAUACUGCGAGUGUGGACUUUCUGGACACACUGUGAGGCAUAUCCUCAUGGAAUGCCCAAUAUAUAUUGACGAAUGGAACCUCAUGUGGUCGCGAAUCAAGGGAUUCCGGCGUACAACAGAUCUGCAAGCAUUACUCACUGAGAAAGCCGCUGCGGUUGCAGUCGCUCAAUUCAUAAUGGAUACGAGAGUACUCGAUCAAUUCCGACAGGCAGACCCGUAA